AUGAGUGAAGCCGAUGAGAGUGUUCAACACCCCUUGAAUGGACACCAGACCAUCACUGCUGGUUACUUCUCCAGCCAAAGCUGGUACCCAUUGACAGCUAGGUUUGACUGGGACAAUGAAACAGAAAGCCCACAAGCCCUGAGUGACAUCUGUUUGGAUCAGAUGUGCCAUAGCCUGGACGUGCUGUGCAGCAAGCGACAGGAUGGCUCCUUGUGCCUCAGAUGGACAUCGCUCUUCCCUCAGGAGAUGGCCGACCAGCUACUGCACAAGAUGGAACAGAAAGGCCUACUGAAUGACACAACUGUUGGAAUUUUCCAAAACUCCAACCAGCUCCGUCUUCGGCGGGCCUCCAUCCGCUGCUGUUCAAUAUCUGCAAAAGCUUUCUGUCUGGCCCUGUGUCCUCACCGGCUCCAGGAACUAGACGCCUCCUGGGUUUAUGGGGGACUCACUGGAGCUCAAAUCAUCUCAGGCCUGGCCUCCAAUCCAGAAUGUAGAUCCAGCCUGCAGAAAUUGUUACUGAAUGGUCUAAAUCUAGACUGGAUGCCCUUGGGGAAGAUGGAGAUGCCUGUUGGUUUCAGCUCCUUACAGGGCCUCAGAAUACUCAGCCUUGCCAACACAGACCUGACUGAUCCUGUCCUAGAAGAUGUGUGCUCUCUCCCUCACCUGGAGAGUCUGGAUAUUUCCUGCAGCACUGUCUCACAGCUCUCACCGCUCCUUGAGUGUAAGAACACCCUGCGAUCCUUCACUGCCCACAGGCUCCAGAAGCUGGAUAUGUCCCCUGCCAAAAUCCUGUUUAUUCUGAGCCAGCUUCAUGUGCUGAGGCACCUGGACUUUUCAGAUGACCCCUUUACACUGGAUGAUAGUUACAAGAGCAAUAGUGAAAAGGCAGUGCAGGAGCUUCUGGAGGGGAGUCCCCAGGUCCUCCCUUCACUUGUUUCUCUAGAUGUCUCAGGGUGGAAAAACAUCAUUGAAGACACAAUCAGACCAUUUUUGGAGACCAGGAGUGGGCUGGUCUUCUUAGGCCUGGUAUCCACUGGGGCCAGCUCCUGUGACUUUCUCUCUUCACAGAAAAACCUAAAGGUAACUGGAGAAGCUAAUGAGACCCAGGUGGUUGAGGCCCUCACACGGUACAGAGACAGGGAGUGUUUCACACGGGAGGCCCUUGUUCAUCUCUAUAAUUUCACAACUGACAUCGAAAAACCACGUCCAGAUCUCCUGAAGCUGGUGCUGAGUGUGAUGCAGAGCCACGCCCCCUCGCCACAUGUUCAGCUGGUGGCUUCAGCUUGUGUGUUCAGCCUCACCUGUCAGGAUGUGGCAGAGGCCAUGUCUGUCAGCCUGCUCAGCUCCACUGUCAACCAGCUCUUAUACACCAUGAAAACCUUUCCCAACCACCAACAGAUACAAAAGAACUGUCUUAUGGCACUCUGCAGUGAUUACGUCCUUCAGGAUGUCCCUUUUGACAGGUGUUCAGCAGCCACACUGAUGAUUAACUGGCUGAGUAAUCACGAGGAUCCAACACUUCAGAGGAUGGCUGUCGCUGUCAUCUCCAAUCUACUGGCCAAAUUGUCAACAGAGGAGACGACACAGCUAGCCAAGGAUACCUUUAUUAUGAAGCAGCUGCUGGGGAUUGUGCAGCAAAAGGCCAUGAUCGGCGUAGUGGACAACACUCUGAAGUUUGCCCUGAGCGCUCUGUGGAACCUAACAGACGAAAAUCCCACUGCAGCCCACAACUUUAUCAAGUGUCAGGGCUUGGAGCUGUACGAGGAGGUUCUGGAGUCAUACUACACUGAGGCUUCUAUUCAGCAGAAUGUUCUGGGUCUCCUGAACAACAUCGCAGAGGUGGAGGAGUUACAGGAGGAUCUGAUGGAGGAGGAUCUGUUGGAGCAUAUCCUCAGUCUGCUGCAGGGCUCCCAGGUGGGACUGGAGGUCCGUUACUUUGCCGGGGGAAUUCUGGCACAACUCACUUCCAGACCAGAGGCCUGGAGCCUGGACAGUAAUCUUCAAACUACCAUACUGAAGCAGCUGCAUUCUUCCAUAAAAACAUGGACUCAACUUGAGGCAGAAAUGGUCUCUUACAGGUCGUUUCAUCCAUUCUGCCCUUUGCUUCAGACACAUCAGCCCUCAGGAGUGCAGCUGUGGGCGGUCUGGGCCAUACAUAUGGUCUGUAGUCAAAAUACUGCACGCUACAGCAGCAUGCUGGAGGAGGAGGGUGUGACGGAGCUCCUGAAGGCUUUGGCUGCACAUCCCGACACUCACAGUGACAUCAGAGAACUGUCAGGUAGAAUAUUGUGUGCGGUCGAGCAACACCAGGGCAACUCAGCAUCCUGUGACAGCCAGACAAGCCUUCAAAACUUGUGA